CAUAUAUCUCAGACGUACGCUUUUGUUUGGACCUAUGAAAUCCCGCGACGUGGCAGCCUUCUCUGUCUCUCCCCUUAUCUCUCUCCAUUUGCACAGGAAUCACAAUAAUCCCUUCCAAAGACUCAAGAGGACAGGCUGAGAUUUUUACUUCAAAAGCUUGGAAAAUAUACAUUAAGCUUUUAGAUGGCUCAAGAUCCUUCUUCUGGUGCCGAAUCACCUCGGCGGCGUUCUGGUCUCUUGCGGGACCAGGUCCAACUGGUUAGAAAAAAGGGCUCUGACCGCUACGAAAUUGUCCCAAUCCAAGAUCCACUGUCAUUUGAGAAAGGUUUCUUUAUUGUAAUUCGUGCAUGCCAGCUGCUGGCUCAAAAGAAUGAUGGGAUAAUAUUAGUAGGAGUUGCAGGUCCUUCUGGUGCUGGGAAGACUGUGUUCACUGAGAAGGUGCUCAGCUUUAUGCCGAGCAUUGCUGUUAUAACAAUGGACAACUACAAUGACUCUAGUCGAAUUAUUGAUGGGAACUUUGAUGACCCGCGCUUGACAGAUUAUGACACAUUGCUCGAGAACAUACACAAUUUAAAAGCAGGGAAGCCUGCUCAGGUCCCAAUAUAUGAUUUCAAGGCUAGCUCUCGUGUAGGUUACAGGACAGCUGAAGUCCCUACCUCCCGCAUUGUAAUUGUUGAAGGCAUCUAUGCCCUAAGUGAAAGAUUGCGGCCUUUGCUAGAUCUUCGUGUCUCUGUCACUGGUGGAGUUCAUUUUGAUCUUGUCAAACGGGUCUUGCGGGACAUUCAACGUGCUAGCCAAGAGCCUGAAGAAAUAAUUCAUCAAAUCUCUGAAACGGUAUAUCCUAUGUACAAAGCUUUUAUUGAGCCGGAUCUCCAAACAGCACAUAUAAAAAUCAUCAACAAGUUUAAUCCUUUCUCUGGAUUUCAGAACCCCACUUAUAUACUAAAGUCAACAAGGGCAGUGACAGUGGAUCAAAUCAAGGCUGUUGUUUUUGAAGAACUUAAGGAAACUAUGGAGGAAACAUAUGACAUAUAUCUUCUACCACCAGGGGAAGAUCCUGAAGCAUGUCAAUCAUAUCUAAGGAUGAGGAACAGGGAUGGAAAGUACAAUCUCAUGUUCGAGGAAUGGGUUACAGAUAGUCCAUUUAUUAUAUCACCUAGAAUCACUUUUGAAGUCAGUGUGCGCCUUCUGGGAGGGCUCAUGGCCUUGGGUUACACAAUUGCGACCAUCUUGAAACGUUGCAGCCAUGUCUUCUCUGAUGACAAGGUGUACGUGAAAAUUGACUGGUUAGAACAACUUAAUCGCAAAUAUGUUCAGGUGCAGGGAAAAGAUCGAUUAUAUGUUAAAUAUGUUGCAGAGCAGCUGGGUUUGGAUGGUUCAUAUGUUCCUCGAACUUACAUAGAACAAAUUCAGCUGGAGAAGCUUGUUAAUGAUGUUAUGGCUUUGCCAGAUGAUUUGAAGACAAAGCUCAGUAUAGACGAUGAUUUGGUUUCAAGCCCUAAAGAAGCCCUUUCUCGAGCAUCUGCAGAUAGGAGAAUGAAGUAUCUCAACCGAGGUAUAUCACUCUCAUUCUCAAAUCAAAAGGACAAGAACCUAUCAAAGCUCACAAAGCUUGCUGUUAACAAUCGAAGGUUUGAUGGGAGAACCCCAGAAUCACCUGCAGCACUUGCAAACCAAGGAGUUAUUACUCAACUCUCAGAACAAAUUUCCACGCUGAAUGAGAGGAUGGACGAGUUUACAUCUCGUAUUGAAGAGCUGAAUUCAAAGAUCUCUGUUAGGAGAGUUUCAGCUAGUCAACAAAACUUGGCUCUGCAGCCUGAAGCAUGCAAUGGCUCUGGACCCACUUCUCUUUUUGCGACUGGCUUGGGGAAUGGUUCAUUGACUGGACCAUUACUGCCCCAUUCUUCAUCUUCUUCCCAAUUGGCUAGGGAGUCCCCUUUAACGGAAGAGAUACUUGUUAUUGCCCGGGGACAACGUCAAAUCAUGCACCAAUUAGACAAUCUAAGCAAUCUUCUGCAUGAGUACUGGGGAGAAAGAUCACGUCAUGGAAGAAUAGAUGAGACAAAAAGAUUGAUUGAUGUUGAUUCCAUGGGCAUCCCUCUUAUUCUAACGUUGGCAAUUGCUGGUUUAGGUGUCUUCCUAUUCAAGGGUUUUACAUCCCACAAGUAAUUUUCCUGCGUUUUUUCAGCAUAUAAUAAUAAAUAUUUCAUCCAUGGUUCGAGACUUGUAGUGAGCCUUAUUCUAGGGUGGUCCUGUAGUAUUAAAAAUGUUGAAAAUAUUCAAGUCUUUUUAAAUAGGGGUACUGUUAAUCUUUUCAGUUGUAUACAUACACUACUGAUUGCUGUAUACAUACAGUGACGCUACUGCAAGUGUUGUAAAUAUGGUAUCUUCUCUAGCUUUUCUAA